AGUUCGUAUACCGCUAUCGUCGUGGUUGGUUCGCGCCAAAUCCAACUUUCAAUCUGCCGGUAAAUGAAAAAAUGCUUAUCGGUAUUAAGCAAACCCUAACAACUUGAAUUUGUGAUUCAUUGUGAACAUAUUGAGUUUUUACUCGAAACUAAAUUAUUAAAAUUUUAGCGGGAUAAUGUGUUACACGCAGUUUUGAAUAAUUAAGUUCUGUUGAUAUUGUGUUUGGUGGAGUGCUUUAAAAUUAUUUUCAUUUCGAGGGGAUAAUAACAAAACCAACUAAAAAAGGGUUCACCGAACAUCUUGUUAGUGUUAGUGAUCUGGAACCGGCUUUUGCUCCAAUUUCGCCAUGUCCUCGGAGAUGGUGUGCUUGCUGUUUUUGUUGACGACAUUUUCGUUAUCACAAGGUGCUUGUCAAUUCAAAAAAUCAUGGCAAGGAAGAUGGUUCCAAAGCGGAGUACCUAACUACUUAUUUAUUAACAGUACAUACAUUGAGACGAAAGGAGAUUGUUAUGAAGAACAAGGAGAUAAAUAUUUAGUUUAUGAUAGGACUGACGACUGCUAUCGUUGCAUGGUAAUCCAUCCGAAGCAUCCCAGUGUACUACAAUACAAAGAGACAUAUUGUGAAUCUAAAGCUUCCCUGGUCGAAAUAUGUCAAAUGAUAACAGGCGACGCACCACUCUACAGCCUUUUCCGAAAAAAUCCAGAGGCUAAGCCGAUUGCGUGCCCUUUCAAAAGUGCUCCGUUCACUUUUAGUUAUAACCGAAUGACUGGAGAUUGCAGUAAUCCCCCCAGUAAAGCCGAAAGUUGCACCGACGAUUCUCGCUUAGUACUAAAAUAUCAGGCAUGUCCAGAUGUUCCAUCGACAGAAAGUAAUGUGGAAGAAUUAGUAUGUUUGGCAACGUGGAAAGAAGGUUCAACCCGAUAUCUGAUAGGGAAGCUCUCUCAGCCAAACAGAAGAAGUGCAUCGGACGAGGACCAAUAUCGUUGCUUUAUUUACAAAAGAAGCAUGGAAAAUGGUAAAACAAUAUACAGUGUUGCCCAGUCUGGGGAUGCUACAUGCACAGGGUUAGAUGCUACUGCUUUCGAGGGUAGUCGAACUAUGAUGUUAACUACAGUCGAUGACCAGCACAAGAGAUGUAAAUUUCCAGUAUGGAUAACAGAACAUCAUACUUGGUUGAGUUUGGAUCAUCAGAAAACUUAUAAAUUUUCACAGAGAAAUGCAACACUCAAGAUAUUAGAUGACGACCCACCUAAAAUGAAUAAAGUUCAACCAAAUUUUCCUCAGGCAUUUGCUUUCGAAGAAUUCGGGAUGCAAUCACAAGAACAAAGGAAACAGAAUUCCGAAAUGAGAGUAGUAUGUCAUGCUAUUUUACAACAACAAGAACAGAAGAAGGUUCAAAUAGUGGCCCACAUUACGGCAGGAUGUGACAGCGGAUAUGUGUGUAUGCUAUUUUACAAAAGAGAUUCAAAUGUUAUAGAACUGCAGCAAACGGAAAAAUAUGUAGAAAAUCCAGAUGAAGCUUGCUCAAAUUUUGAUCCCGGUACAAGUCCAUAUACAACACUAAUAACUACAACCUUACAUUCGAAAAAGUGUCCCCAUCUCGGCCGUUACACCAUAGCAAGUUAUCCAGCACAAUCCGGAAAAAGGAAGAGGCGACAGGAACCAGGUAAUUAUAACCAAUUUACAGAGAAGAAGAAUACAGCAGAAAAUCAAGAACCAGACUGUAUUUCAGAUGAUUUUGAAACCUUGUCAGUAGGUUGUAGUGGUACCCAUGAAAUGGAGUUCAAAUCAACUUGUUCUCAACAAGCAAUCUCGUAUACUUGCCAUGGUAACUGGGAGGAGAAUGGAAUAUCAUAUGUAAUAGCAACAUCCUUAUCUAAAAAGUUUCCAGAGGCCAAAUACUGUUUCAUGUAUAAACAGGACCAAAUGAAUUCUGCAAUCAUAGAAGGAAAUCUGGGAAAAGGACUCGGGCCUCCUAUAUUAAGGAUGUCAAGAGUGACAGAAAGUUGCCAUAGGAAUAUUGAUCCAGGAAUUUCUGGCAACUGGGCCUUUAAUUUUACUAGUAAUGGUACAUGUCAGCAGAGCGAUCAUACCAAUUCUAGCCAAUUGUUGGUGCCUAUGAUUCUCUUGGUCAUCAUUUCUUUGGCGUUAGUGGUAGUUAUAAGAUGAUGAAAAAUGAUCGUCCUUCACACUUUAUCCGAAUAUUAAGUGUUUUUGCACCUUUUGAACAAGAACAGCUAGACACUAGUUAGUGGAUUUUUUGUAUUUUUUAUUUCAGAAAUGGUACAUUUCAUAGGCCAGUCUAAAGAUAGUUAGGAACAGAAAAACGGGAUCAAUUAAUAUAAGACUCACAUUUUCAUACUUCUCAUUUAAUAUUAGGUGCAAUAAAAAUAUUGUAAAGUAUGAUAUACUAUUUAAAGUAAUUAUCCUAUUUUUCAUUUUAUACUUUCGUGGACUGGCCUAUUAGUGGAAAUAUUGCGUCUGUGAAAGAAUAUACGAGUUUUUUGAUGUUGCUCUUUGUUGUUAAGAGAUUAGGUAUUGUUUUAGAUAAAUAAAAAGGGCCUAAAAUAUAACAAAUGUCGGAAGUAAUAUUUCCACUUGCUGCAAAUAAUUUUUUUUUCUUUUAAUUGAUACAGAGACUACAAUAAUCUAGAAUACACGAACAUAUAUUUACUGUAUCAUAUAAUAAAUAAUUUCUGUAUCUCUUAAAUACAGAACAACAAUGUUGCUUGAUAAAAAUUUCAUAAUUAAUUUUAAUAUUCUUUGGUCAUAUGUUAAUCUUUUUUUCUCGAUAUCAAUUUCUAAUGAAUUUAUUCUUCUUAGUUUCAUUUUAUAUUAGCUUUCAUUCUCCUCCAUAUUUAGUUAUUUCAAUACUGAUUCAUCAUAGUCAUUAGAUUCCAUGAUUGUUUUCUCAUUCUAAUCUCAUCUUUAUUUGCUUGGUCUCUUCUGCUCCAAUGAAACUUUAGUUUAAGGUUUUAAACUUCAUUCAUAUUUCAAUUAUUUCAAGAACUAUUUUGUACAUUGUUUCUGUAG